AUGUUUGUCUACCGAAACAAGGAUCUCCCCAAGGAUCCUUACUAUCCUUCAGAUCUAAAGAAGUUGGGGUAUUUCGUCACUGAAAACGACCAAAUCCGUAAAAUCAGCGACCCAGAUGCACCUUUCCAAUACAGGAUUAACCGAAACGAACGCUUCAACGUCAAGAACCGUGAGGCAAUGAAUGAUUGUAUCCGCGAGUUGAUCAAUACACGUCUACAUGAUGCUGGACUUGAAGAUUUGCGUUUGCCACUCCGUGAAAAGGCCGAUGGACAGAUCGUUCAAAGUCGCCCCGACGAAGCACAUGUGCCCAUCAUGGUGUCUGGAAAUCUCCGCAAGGCCUCUCGCAUCAUCGUCGUGUUUGGAGAGCCGGUACAAGACUUCGGGGUCUGGGCUUACCGACUUAUCGGCGGUGACAAAAUCAACAAGGGCUCCGCCGUUGACUUUGCGAGAGCCGUACUGGGAGCAGAUGACAAUAAAACAGGCAAUGCACUCGUUCUGGCAAAUACUGGCCAGUUACUGUGGAAUAGCCUCUACUCUCGUGCCGUGACAAACGUCACCUGGGCUUCUCUUCCUCGUCCUGCCGCAAACUGGGGCCCACCAGCCAUGAGUUGGCGCACGAAAAUUCCCGGUAACAACGAUUGGAGAGAACACAUUCACCACGUCUUCAGCAAGGUCCUUUGGCCGUGCACCCGUGAGGGCACUCGCAUUGAUAUCAUCGGCAUGUCCGAGGGAGGCUUAGGCGCAAUUGAAUACCUUGAGACCAACUGGGAAACCUGGCGUCCCUUCAUCUCCGGGAUUUGCCUGGGUGAUCCUCUCCAGAGUACCAACGUCGAUAUUGACAUGAGCACUCUGGCCGAUCCGAAAUCAUUCACAGCCUUCAUGUCUGCUCGAUGCCGGGGAUACGUGAUGUCGGACGAAGAAGUGGGCACUCGUCAUUCAGGCUAUCGCUCGCAUGGAUGCAAUUGCUACUCUUCGGGAGAGUCUUGCUACACCGAAUGCAUUCUUCCAAGUGCAUGGCGUGACAUGCUCCACUGGCUCGAUAUGCUUCACGAGGACCCUACUUAUGAGGAACAAAUCAUGAUCAUCGGACGGGACCUGGAUGAGACGACCCAGAAAGACUUGGACAAAUUGAAUGUGGCGAGUGACGAGGAUGAAGACUCUAAGACCACUCAGGAGGGCAGCCAAGGGGAUGGAUGCGAGGAUAAGAAGGAGGAUGACAAAGUUGUCCAACAGAACACUGGAGGGACUACAGAGGCACAUGCGAAGAGCGAAAUCUCUCUGGAGAAGAUCACUGAGCAGUGUGAGGACGAAAGCAGCGAGGAAAAGGCUAUCUAG